GUUUUAGUUGUAAUUUUGUUUUGAUUGCAUUUUGCCAUUUAAACGUCUGUCGCGCUUAACAGCGACAUUUAUUAUUAUUAAUAUUAAUAAUAUUACAGCAGCUUACCCAAAAACGGCACAUUCGACUUUAAACGAGUUUUAAUUGUCGCCUUCCCUACACCACAACAUACCACACCACACGUCGCCACACCACAACAGAUCCCACCACAACCCCCACAGUUGCAGGCGAAGUCACCACAGACACGAUGCGUUUACAGGGACUCGUACAAUUGCGCAGAUAUGCGACGACGAUUGCCGCCACCCUCCGGCACACACACAAGCACACGCACACCAACACAAUGGUGCGCACGCUGGCGAGCAGCGCAUCGCCGCUGCCCGACUUCACUCAGAUAACGGACAAGGUGCAGCGUGGCAAUUACGCACAGCUAAAUGAUAAGGAUGUGGUGCACUUUGAGCAGCUAUUGGGCAAGAAUCAUGUCCUUACCGAGGAUCUGGAUGCCUACAAUAUAUGCUUCCAAAAGCGCAUACGCGGCAACAGCAAACUGGUGCUUAAGCCGGGCAGUACCGACGAGGUCGCCGCCAUUCUGCGCCACUGCAACGAGCGACGACUGGCUGUGGUGCCACAGGGUGGCAACACCGGCCUGGUGGGCGGAUCUGUGCCGAUUUGUGAUGAGAUUGUGUUGUCGCUGCAGCGACUGAAUAAGGUUCUAUCUGUGGAUGAGGUCACGGGCAUUGCCAUCGUCGAGGCCGGUUGUAUUUUGGAGAACUUUGAUCAACGUGCCCGCGAUGUGGGUCUUACCGUACCCCUCGAUCUGGGCGCCAAGGCCAGCUGCCAUAUUGGUGGCAAUGUUUCGACGAAUGCUGGCGGUGUUCGCGUUGUUCGCUAUGGCAACUUGCAUGGCUCGGUGCUGGGCGUGGAGGCAGUGCUGGCCAGUGGCCAGGUCCUUGAUCUGAUGUCGAAUUUCAAAAAGGACAACACCGGCUAUCAUAUGAAGCAUCUGUUCAUCGGUUCCGAGGGCACCUUGGGUGUGGUUACAAAGCUGUCAAUGCUCUGUCCCCAUGCCUCCAAGUCGGUGAAUGUCGCCUUCAUUGGCCUCAAUUCCUUUGAUGAUGUCCUCAAGACGUUCGUCAGUGCCAAACGCAAUCUCGGCGAGAUACUCAGCUCCUGCGAGCUCAUCGAUCACCUUGCCUUCGACAAUGCCCUCGAUCACUACAAGUUUCUCAAAUCCCCAAUUACCGGAUACCCAUUCUAUAUGCUGAUUGAGACGUCGGGCAGCAAUGCAACACACGAUGAGGAGAAGAUCAAUCAGUUCAUUAGCGAUGGCAUGGAACGGGGCGAGAUAAUCGAUGGCACCGUAACCGGUGAUCCCGGCAAGGUGCAGGAGAUAUGGAAAAUCCGCGAGAUGGUCCCGCUGGCCCUAAUCGAGAAGAGUUUCUGCUUCAAAUAUGACAUCUCGUUGCCGCUCCGUGACUUCUAUGGCAUUGUCGAUGUGUUGCGCGAGCGGUGCGGUCCCUUGGCGACAAUCGUCUGCGGCUAUGGCCAUUUGGGUGACUCCAAUCUGCAUUUGAAUGUGUCCUGCGAACACUUCAACGAGGACAUUUACAAGCGGGUCGAGCCCUUCGUUUACGAGUACACCUCACAGCUGAAGGGCAGCAUCAGUGCCGAGCAUGGCAUUGGUUUCCUCAAAAAGAACUAUCUGCACUAUUCCAAGAAUCCCAUUGCCAUCGAUUGGAUGCGCGACAUGAAGAAAAUGUUCGAUCCCAAUGCCAUACUCAAUCCCUACAAAAUGCUUAAUUAAUAAGCCCAACCAGUCACUCGAUCAAAUCUUUGUUUGUGCGCUCUUUUUUUUUGUAAUUUUAAAAUGUAAAGCUUUUAAUACAUGUAAUAAAUUGAUUGUUUAAACUUUAA